AUGUCUACAACACCGACCGCAAUCACGGACUCGUCUGCCGAUAAAAGAACAAGUGCACAUAUUAAGUUCUACUCAGUUGCUCAAGAGCGACACACAGAUAUAAUAGAGCAUAUACAAAAAGUCGGCCAAAAACAAAUCGCGAUACAGAAAGAGGCAGAAACACGGGAGAGGGCACUACAAAAUGUCCAACAAUCACUUAUAAGAGCAGAUGAAGAUGACCAGGCGUCUCUUCAGGAAACUAUGCGUCAAUUGCCGUUUUAUGCAUCAAAAACGAAGAGAUUAGCGCAAGAUAUGAAGACUCUUACGCAACAACUACGGGAUCUUUCUCAACGAGCAAACGCACUGAAAGCUUCAGAUUAUGCCAUGCGGCAAGAAAGCUCUGCACUGAGUGCUGUAGUGUCUCCCAGGCUGGGUAGAAGUUAACGGCCUGUUGCGAUAUGAGUAUCAUCCCACAGAUUUAUUAAUUUCUAUUUGAAUGUAAGCGCAGAGACAUAGAAGGGGACCUUGCAAAUUACUUAUCUCGUACCUGUAGCCGAAACUACACGUCGAGUGUUCGUAAAAGACGGAGAGUUUGGAGAGUUCUCCACUCAGACUUGUGGGGGCCUCAAUAAUUCGCAGGAGUGUUCAUUUGCUUGCGCCUGUCUUCUUAACAUGAUGAGUGCUGGGUGUAAAGGGGACAUAAGAGCCGAGUGAGUAAUCUCAGAAUAUCCAGGGCCACUUUCUAAGCCGUACCCUUGCGAUCGGUUAAUAGAUGCAGAUGUCGAUGUAGAUUUGUCAACGCUGUGCAGGCCUCAAGCUCCUUGAUCAAUAGUAGACAGUGGUGAAACCAGUAUAUAGAUUGACAGUGGUAUCGAAGUAGGAUCGUACAAAAAUUCAAUACCAAGUUACGUCUGAUUCGGGCUUAAUGAAAGCUUCAUAUACGGACGUGUGAACGAUGUCUUAAUAGCCAUCGUACUACAAGCUGUGCUCUCUACUGCAAAACGGUAUGCCAAUUAUCUGUGUACUCCUACACAAAUAUAUAUAUACAUUCUAGUUUAGAUAAUUCAUUCGGAGCUCUGUGCGCGUGCAUACAGCGGACAAACGCUUUGAUGCGCGCUUUAAACUUGUAAUAUUAGGUGAAAAUUGGAAGGAGGCUUAAGAUCAAAGUGUAUAGUACCUUAUAUUUUUAAAAUCAACUGAAUUGCACGCUUCAUACUUGGAGAUUCUGAGAAUUGACAUUCUCCACUUUUACUCAUCCGAAGGUGCAUCGAUUGUGGUCACUCCCAAGCUGCUAAUGAAAGUAGCAGGGUAGCGAACAGACGCUAGACGUUUGACAACCGAAGUAGGACGUUUAGAGUUACCUUGGCCAGUUAUAUCUAGAGCCACCAUCUCUGCCAAGCCUUGGGCAUUCGCGUACAGGAAUGACUUGCCUUCCUCGCCCUCAGAAGGGUUAGAAACGGCCAAAUUCACACCGCCUACGUUGUACUGGGUCUCGUUGUUAGUAGCGCCGAAGUUGAACUGGGCUCCCAUAGAAUACUCAUCCAGCUCUGACUGAAUCUUCCCAGUCGCUGGAUCCAGAGUUCCAAUUGACAUAGAGCCUCUACUUCCGUUGGUUGUGUAAUAUUUACCCCUGGAGUACUGGCACCAACACGGAAACCGGCCCGCGGAAGUGGUGUCGAUUUUUUAAACUUGCCAUCUUUGAUGUUAGCUUUGUAUGUCGAUACAUCCCAAGUUCCAGCAAUGGUGAGCAUGAUCAGCACAUCUCCCUCAUCAACCUGAUCACUGUUCACCGUGCAGAAUCCGAAAGGGUUAAAAAUUGGAUAUAACUCUGUGUCUGGAUUUGCAAGCUCAGUGGUUGCCGGACCUUUCUCGCCUCCUGUUUCAACAGUACCAUCAUCGUUCAAAUGAUAGUAGACCAACCCUUUAUAAUUAUCCUCUUCUCCAUGAUAUAACACCACCAGACCCUCUCCACGUGGUGUGAAGCUUACUUGUGCCGGUGCCGUAUCUUCUGAGAAGGCAAAGUCAUACUGUUCCACCUUUGUUUGCUCGACCUCGAGUUGUACUGUGUCACCUGCGCUCUUUGUUUUUCCGGUCUUGGUAUCAAAGUUGAACAUCUCCAAAGUUCCUUCUUCGCCGCAAGUGAUGACGGCGAUCAGACCCAAUUCUUCGUGAUAGUCAAGAGAGCACGGUAGUAACCCAUUUAAUUCCUGUCUGUGUUUCAGUUCCAAUCCCAACUGGGGAUCGAUCUGCAUCACACUGAAACUCGGGUCUCCAGCAAUGAUUGCCAACAAGAAACGCUGGUCUCCGUUCCUGUCGUUGGUUGCUAUGGAAUGCAAAGGCCGUAUUGAACCCAUACUAUCGGACCAGAAUUUAAAUAUAUCUCUUUCUAUUUUCACAGGCAAGCCUUUGCCACCCGUCUUGAACUCGUACAUGUCAUCGGCCUGGCCAGUUUCGUCAUCGAUGAGAAACCCACGCACAAUAUUGGCUGUGCUCAUGUUGAAGCGCUCUUCCCCGCCAACCCCAUUAGUCAUAGUCCACAAUCCCCGGGGCCGUGACUUUGCGGCUGCCAAACCCGUGCUUGCCACCAUGAUAGUAAACAAUGUUGCUGUUACUUUAAACAUUCUGGGUUAGAUAUCAAUUCAAAAUGUAGGUAUAUUGUGUCUUGAUAGUG